CUAGUUGGAGCUUAAGAUUAUAUAUUUUAUCACAUCUAAAAGAGAAGAACAAAUGUAUAUGUUACGCAAGCUGAGACCGAAACAUGGGAUUGGAACGGUUACCAUCGGAAUAUCAUUUCUCUCCGGGACAGAUGAUUCUAAUACAGUGCUGAGAGGGGAAGCGUCCGAUGUUGAUAUAGUAAAUCGGGAUAAAGAAUAUGAAUUGUUUUCUCAAAUGUAUUCUGAUAGAGAAUCCUACACAUGGAAGGAAAGAUUAAGUUUAAUGUGGAGACGAGAUGAAUACGACACUUUCUCCCCUGAACUCGACCAGGUUUAUCAAUCCACGCUGGGAGCCUUGUUUCUAGGAGGUAUAUACGGAGUUUAUGCGGAAAGUAGAGUGGCGACAAUGAACUUUCUAGAAAAAAAUAAAUAUGAAAUGUUUAAACAUCCUAAAGAAGCUCAGCUAGCACUGCAGGACAGAGCACAUAUAGCAUAUAUUAAGGGUUUUGUUAAAUAUGGUUCUAAGCUGAGUAUCCUGUGUUUCCUGUAUAGUGGAGUAGCUCAGAGUAUGGCUUGUAUACGGAAUUACGUAAACCCUUUAGAUCAUGUUGUGGCAGGAGCAGUUAUGGGAGCAGUUUAUAGAUUUAAUAUGGGACCUAAAGGUAUGAUUGGCGGGGGAUUCCUCGGUGGUGUACUAGGCCUUCCAGCAGGAAUCUGUUUUUGGUUAGCUCAAUACUUAACAGGGGAAACGGUAGAGGAACGAUGGAAAAGAGAGUUCCUCCAUUCAAGGAACAUUAUUGCCGCCAAGGGGGAGGAGGCGGCGGCUAAAGAUCUAAGACGAGAGAUUAUUGAUGAGAAGAAGGUCGAGUGGAAGGAAUCUGAUGAGGAUAGCACCUGGUUAAGAAGAACUAUAAUUGAAUUGAGAUUAUGGGCGGAGAAAAACGGAUACCUGCCUCGUCCCCCGCUUUCAUCGGAUGAAGCAGACAAACAACUUUCUAAUGAAAGAACUAAUUUAUCUAAAUAAUUUCAGA